AUGAACGUUCCCUUCCUUCAAGCAGAGGCAGCAUUAUACCCUCUUUCGAGAGAGCUCAUCUUUAACCUGUCUUCUUUACCUACUUUUUUUUUAGUUUUUCUUUUUCUCUUGAUGAUAUUUGAUCGUUUCUUUCCUCAUUCGUUCUUCUUUGGUCAUUCAUUAGUUUACUGUUCUCAUCCUUUUUCUUUUCGAUUUUUAAUUUCGAAACCAUUCUUUUUAUUUUUCACCCACUUUUCAUUUUUUCUUUCUUUCUUUCUUUCUUUCUUUCUUUCUUUCUUUCUUUCUUUCUUUCUUUCUUUCUUUUCUAAAUCUAACAAUUCAUACUUUAUAAUUAACACACUUAUUGCUCUCUCUCUCCCUCACUUUCUCUCUCACUCUCCCUAUCUCUCUCUCUCUCUCUCUCACUAUCUCUACCUGUCUCUCUCUCCAUUCUCUCCGACAUUCCUGUUUUUUAGAUAUUCCCUUCUUGCCUCCUCCGACCCGAACAUUCACCAGAUAUUUAAGAUAAUUUACACCGAAAAUAUCUGCUCGCUUACUUUCUCUCUCUUUUUUCCCCCACCUCUCCACCCGCGACUGGUACACAAAAACAAAUGA